UGAGGUCUACACCUGUUGUAUUCGGCGCAUGUGACUAAUAAAGUUUGAAUUGAUUGAAAUUACAUAAGGGUGUGAUCUAUGAAUGGUUACCUUCGCUAGCAGGAAAUAGACUUACAGUAAAGCAUUGCAAUGCAGGUAUUCUGUCACCCGACUGAUGGUACGGAAGAUCAGAGAGUUGAUAGAAGUGGAAUGUAAACACAUAUUGUCUUAUCUUCAGAGUUUCUUUUACACAGCUGCACUACUAGGACCAGAGUUGCGGAGAGAGCAGUGUCCACACAGACACAUUCAUACAUACAAGCGAAGAUAUGGCAUCUCCAGCAGUCUCCUGUCUGAAGAGCAGUUCCAGUGCUCUAUCUGUCUGGAUGUGUUCACUGACCCAGUCUCCAUCCCAUGUGGACACAACUUCUGCAAGGCCUGUAUCAAAGGAUACUGGGAUAGCACAGGCCUGUUCCAGUGUCCCCUGUGUAAGCAGAUAUUCCACAUAAGACCUGAACCGGAUGUCAACAGAACACUUAGAGGAGUUGCAGAACUUUUUAAGGGAUUGAUAGUGAGAGACAGAGAGGAUUUUGCUACAGAGCCUGGAGAAGUGGUCUGUGAUGUCUGCACUGGCAAGAAGCGCAAGGCUCUGAGGUCCUGCCUGGUUUGUCUGACCUCGUACUGUGAGUCUCAUCUGGAGCCUCAUCAAAUAGCCCCAGCCCUGAAGAGACACCAACUGAUCAACCCUGUAAAGAACCUUGAAGACAGGAUGUGUAAGAAGCACAACAAACUCCUUGAGCUGUUCUGUAGGACUGACCAGAUAUGUAUGUGUCAGUUCUGCUCUGAGACUGACCACAAGGCUCAUAACAGCGUACCUCUGGAAGAAGAAUGUGACCAAAGGAAGGCUCAGCUUGCGAAGACAGAGGCACAAGUGAAGCAGAUGAUUCAGGAGCGACUGCAGAAGGUUAAGGAGAUCAAACACUCAGUAGAUCUCAGCAAAAAACACACUGAGAGGGAGAUAUCUGGCAAAGUACAGAUCUUCACCGCUCUAGUUCACUCCAUUGAUAAAUGUAAGGCUGAGUUCAUUUGUGUGAUUGAGCAGAAGCAAGAAGCUUCAGAGAAGUGUGCUAAAGGUAUCAUUAAAGAACUGGAGCAAGAAAUCACUGAACUGAAGAGGAUAAGCUCUGAGCUGGGGCAGCUCACACACACCAAGGACCAUCUCCAACUCCUCCAGAGCUCCCCAUCCUGGUGUCUCCCUGUAAAGGCCAAGGGCUGGUCGGAGAUCAGUGUUCAAAGCCACCUGCACAUGGGGUACAUGAAGAGAGUUGUAUCUCAGCUGGGAGACAAACUGACGAGUGAGGUAAAGAGAUUUCGUAAUGAGAUGGAGAAUGAGCUGAAGAAGUUGUGUGAAGCUGAGAUGAAGAUUCUGCAGUAUGCAGUGGAUGUGACUCUGGACCCUGACACAGCAUAUCCUGAACUAAUCCUGUCCGUGGAUGGGAAGCAAGUGAGGUGUGGGGACCAAUCACAGAAUCUCUCAAAUAACCCAAAGAGGUUUACUUAUAUAUACAGUGUCCUGGGGAAGGAGGGCUUCUCCUCAGGGAAAUUUUACUAUGAGGUACAGGUGAAGGGCAAGACUGAAUGGGAUUUAGGAGUGGCCACAGAAUCCAUCAAUAGGCAGGGGUGGUUACCGCUGAGCAUUGAGGAUGGAGUCUGGACUUUGGGGCUGAGCACAAAUAAUUACUAUGAGGCUAAUGACCCCAAAGUACAGCUGAGCCUGAAAAAGAAACCCCAGAAGGUGGGGGUAUUUGUGGAUUAUGAGGAGGGUCGGGUCUCCAUUUAUGAUGUGGAUGCCACUGCCAGAUCUCACAUCUGCUCUUUCACUGGCCACAAAUUCAGAGAGAAACUCUAUCCAUACUUCCACUGUGGGUAUCCUGAUGGUGAGAGAAACAUAGCCCCUCUGGUCAUCUCUCCUGUCAGUCAUAUGACUGGCCCAGUGCUACAUUAGGGAUGCAUUUUGUUACGUUACAGAUUUAUUCUAAAAUGGAUUUAAAAAAAAAAUCCUCAUCAAUCUACACACAAUACCCCAUAAUGACAAAGCGAAAAACAGGUUUGAGAUUCUAAA